AUGAACAUCUUGCCGGACCUUUUUGUUGAAUUCGAUCUUUUAGAAACUUGUAAAACCAAAGCAAUGCUCAUUCGAACCCAGUCUCAACUGGCAUCCGUGGUUUUUGGUGAAGACUCCUCUUUUGAUGCCGCUUCUACUUCUCCAGAAAUCACGACCUCUCGCUAUGUUCUAAAGCCAAUGGACCUAACCGACUGCGCCUCGCUGGAAGCCUACUUGCGCGAUUCUCCCCUCUCUCGCAAUACUCCAACAUUAUUCUUAUCAGAGUGUGUUCUCAUCUAUAUCAAUCCCGAUCUUGUGAACCCGUCUCUCCAAUGUCUCCAAAAAGCAUUUCCCAAUAGCGUGAUGGUGGUCUACGAGCAGAUCCGUCCAAACGAUCCCUUCGGAGCGAUGAUGAUUCAGAAUUUGCAUGAACGUGGCUGCGAUUUGCUGAGCUUAACGCGCUACCCGGAAAUCGAAGACCAGAAACAGCGCUAUCUUUCGCUUGGGUACAAGAAAGUGUUCUGCCAAGACAUGCAGCAUCUCUACACGUAUCUCCUUGACCCGAGCGAGAUCAAGCGUGUGUCUCGACUGGAGCUGUUUGAUGAGUUUGAAGAAUGGGAUCUCUCGAAGAGAGCUUCGAUCGUCUUGUAA